AUGGAGACGAGUAACGAGUCGUUCAACCUGCUGCACCAGAUUGCUAACGACUGCUACAAGAUGGGUCACUUCUACUACGCCUGCAAGGCCUUCGACGUGCUGGAGAGACUGGACCCAGAUCCCGAGUUCUGGGAAGGCAAGCGCGGGGCCGCCAUCGGCGUGUUCCAAAAGACCAUCAUGGGCCAGGAGACCACAGACGUGCUGCAGGAGGUGGUCAACCUUCUUAGGAGCAGCAACAACCCGCAGGUGGAGCACAUGAUAAACAAGGUGAUGAAGAAGUGGGCCCAACAGAACAAGGUCAGACUAGAGUGA